CAGCUAUCUCAUCGAGUGAGGGUGCCGGUCGUGGAAGCAUGGCCCAACGACCUCCAGGAAAAGUCCCCACAGGAAAGGUGAACGGAGUGAUGUUUCUGCCUAAUGUUUACACGAUUCAGAGCGGGCCGAAGAUCAUCGAGAUGGUCUUGGAGGUGGUGAAUUUUUUUGAGAUUCACGUGUCGCCAGAAGACUUCUGCAACCGUUGCGUCGAUUGCAAUGCCUCAGAUUGGCAGUUGGUCACUGAUAAAAGCGAGGUGCGGGACGACGUGAUGCCACACGUGUACGAGAACCAAGAAAUUUUCUAUCGUUGCGGUGAGUGUAAGAAAGUUUACUGGGAAGGGCAAACGUUCGAUCGAGCAUGCGCGGACUUGGAACAGCAUUUUCCCCACCUGGGUGUCGACGACGUCAGAGGUGUCAAAGCUGAAAAGCUACUUGUCCUGAACAACAGUGUUGGAGCCGUCAGCGGUGCUAAGGAAGUAGGGGACGAACAGGGUAUUAAUGGCGUUGUUUCGUCCUCGUCAAGUGGGGAAGAUGAUGAUGGUAGUGGAAAAGAAGGUUGAAUUCUUGAUGCACCUUUCUCAAACAUAAAUAAUACAAAAUUGAUCCCCGCUAACGUCUGGUUGGACUCUUAACAAGUCAAGAGCGACAGCCACCGUCACACAGUAUUUUCGGUGUCUCUGACCCUCUGAUGACCUGUUGGAGAUCAAAAAUAAUAUCUGCGCUCCUCUAUCCUUUCCCUACAUUCAUUUGUUUUACUUUUCCUAGUUAGAUUGGCUCCACCCAUAAUAAGACAAACAAG